GAAACAGGCUGUCAUCUUAUUGCGGCUAUUAGAGCACUCCGCGUUGUCAUUUUGGAGUUUUACUGCUUUACUCUGCGACGGGCCACCAUGGGAAAGAUUUGGGUAGAAAGAAUUCCAGACGAUACUUGGAUUGGAUGGUUCUGUGAACAGAGAGGACAUGAAUUCUUUGCCAAGGUAGAUAAAGCCUACAUAGAGAACCUAUGUAACCUGAAAGGACUUAAAAAACAUGUUCCUCACUACCACGAGGCUUUAGACAUGAUUCUGGAUGAAGGACCAGAAUCUGAUUCUGAGAAUUCCUGCCAAAAUGUUCUGAUUGAAGAAGCAGCUGAGAGGUUAUAUGGUUUAAUUCAUGCUAGGUUCAUCUUGACAAAAAGAGGAAUACAUCAAAUGAUAUACAAAUGGAAGAAGGGAGUAUUCGGUACCUGUCCACGACAGUAUUGUGAGAGACAAGGCAUGAUUCCAAUCGGAUUGUCUGAUGUCCCUGGAGAGGCGGUGGUUAAGGUGUACUGUCCCAGAUGUCAGGAUGUGUAUACCCCUAAAUCCCGCAGCCAUCAUCACAUAGAUGGUGCUUACUUUGGAACAGGUUUCCCUCAGCUAUUGUUAAUGGUUCAUCCAGGGUGCAGACCCAAAAGUCCACCCAUUCUGUAUGUACCAAGGUUAUUUGGUUUCAAGAUUCACCCUUCAGCGUACAAUGUACGGAAAAGAGCAUUAAAAAGUGAAAGCAGUUCUUCUUCAGAAAAAGCUAAUCUUCCUGAAAAAAGUGAUCAGAAUCAAAAACACGAAAAAGAACUUUUGUCAGAAGAGGAAAAUGGUCAUCACAGUGGAAAAUGCAAAAAAGAACUUUUGCCAGAAGAGGAAAAUGGUCAUCACAGUGGAAAAUGCAAAAAAGGACUUUCCUUAAAAGAGGAAAAUGAUCAUCACAGUGGAAAACGCAAAAAAGAUCUUUCCUCAGAAGAGGAAAAUGGUCAUCACAGUAGAAAAUGCAAAAAAGGAAAAUUCAAAGAAGAUUCCUCAGAAGAGGACCAUUAUUAUCAGAAAACUAGGAAUAUAAUGGCCUGGAUGAAUGACCAGAAACCAAGCUGAUCAGGUGGAAAGUUAUCAUCACAAUGGAAAAUGCUAAAAAAAAGAAAAAAACAAAAAACUAUUCUCAGAAGUGGAAAAUGGUGACUAUGAACAUUAAACAACGUAACCAUCAUCAGAUAGGAUCAUCUCUAAGUCCGGAAGUAGUUUUUAAGGAGAACAGCAAUAAAUUAUUGUUUAUUAAUUUUUGGAUUUUACCCAAUUUAUGUUUUAUUUGUAAAGAAUGAGUAAAAAAAAUACUGAAUAGUAAAUAAAUGGCCAUGAAA